AUGCAACAAGUGUAAUACUAUGAUUUUUUUUUUUUUUUUUUUACAGUCAUUGGCCUAACCAAUAACAAAUAACUUUAUUGCGUCACUUCCGAGUGAAAGCGCAAAUCAAAUCAAGAUGGCGGCUCCCUUAGAGUUAUUUAGCUGGAAAGGCAGUUGGGGAUUGCCUUCUGUCAACACCGAAUGCCUAAUCGUGCUGGCUUAUGCAAGGUUUGCAGGAGUACCCCUCAAACUUCACAAGACUGCCAACCCUUGGGGAAGUCCUACAGGUACUCUUCCAGCGUUGAAGACUGGAGAGGAUGGAAGCUUUUCGCAGCCCAGUAAGAUCAUCAUUGAAUUCAGGAAACAGAAGUACAAUGCAGACUUUGACCUAUCAGCAAAAGAGGGAGCAGACACCCUGGCUUUCAUAUCUCUGGUGGAGGAGAAGCUGAUGCCUGCACUGAUCUACACUCUGUGGGUGGACCCCAAGAACUAUGUGGAGGUGACCCGCCGUUGGCAUGGCGACAACAUUCCCUUCCCGCUGAACUUCUUCCUGCCUAGCCACAUGCGUCGGCAGCAGCUGGCCCGCCUGCGCCUCAUCAAGGGGAACGAGGCCCUUGAGGCCGGCGAGGAGGUGGAGAAGGAGCUUUACCAUGACGCCCAGGAGUGCAUGGAUCUCCUUUCACAACGUCUCGGCUCCAGCAAAUUCUUCUUUGGUGAUUCACCUUCAUCUCUGGAUGCACAUGUAUUUGGCUACCUGGCGCUUGUGCUGAAGAUCAAGCUGCCCUGCGGUCAACUCCAGCAGCAUCUGCAGUCUCUGGACAACCUGACACAAUUCUGCUCCAACAUCCUCACUCUCUACUUCCCCAGUGAGCUCGAUGAAGGUCCAGCGCACAAAAUCUCAAUUCAGCCUGAGGCCAGCGACUUGGACAGUGGCCCCAACAAGAAGCGCAAGCAGCUGCUGUCGCUGUUCUUUGCCCUGGGGGCGAUGCUGAGCUACGCCCUGCUGACGGGCAUCGUCUCCGUCGAGCACGUAUCUAUUGAGGACUCCAGGGAGUCCCAGGACAUCUCUGAAGGCCAACCCGGGGAGGAGGACGAGUGAUGUGUGUGUGUGUGUGUGUGUGGAGUGAGGAGGAGGAGGAUGCGGGUGGUAGUAGAAGGAUGUUGGAAUGGGAUUCAGCACCAGGGGGAGGUGUGUGUGUGUAGGGCGGUCUUGGUGGUCUCACAGGGACCAGUGCUGUGAGUGCUGUGCUGGGCGUAGCAUGGCUUUAAAGACCAAGAAGAGUCCUCUCCCUGAUUUGGUUUCUCAUAUCAGGCUACAUGAGAGAUGACCAUUAGGUUUUAUGUUACCGCUGGAUAAAGCUUUUUAUUGCAUGAUGAUCAUGAUGAUAAUUUCAUUUUUUCAACUCAACAGCUGAUAAUGGAGCAAGUAUAGUGAUCACCAAAUGUAUUUAAUUGUUUAGUUUUAAUAUUUUUGGUGCUGUAUUUAUUUUCUUAAGAAGCAUGUACUUUUUGCAAUGAAAAUAUUCUAAGGCACAUUUUACAGAUACAUUAGAGAAAUGAUGACAGCUUUAAUUCAAUUGCAGACCUUCAGCACUUUCCAAUUUGCUCUGCAGCCUUCAUCUAGUUUGCUGGUACGGAAAUGGCCCAUUUUGAAUAAACACACCAUGUUCAGCCAUGACCAGUCAAGCCAAACUAAUGAUGCAGCUGUCAGUGAAAUUAAUGUGGGGACCAAAAUGACCCUGGAAACCUUUCGUCAAAACCUUUACCUUUACCCAGAUAUAGGAUUAUAAUUCCUUAUAGGUGGAUCAAAUUGGCACUUGAUGUAGAGGAACUCCAUUGUUGCCUUUUGUUGUGUGAUUUGAUUGAGGCUUUUAUGUUUUUUGUUGUUGUGCAGGUUGUUUGUCUUUUUGUGGGUUUGGUAUGUUGGAAAUUAAGAGUGUGUGUGUGUGUGUGUGUGUGUGUGUGUGUGUGUGUGUGUGUGUGUGUGUGUGUAUAUAUACAUAUACACACACAGUUGGAAGAAUUUGGACGUUUAUAUGCAUCUUUAAAAAAAAAAAAACUAUAAUUUCAGUAUGUUUUGUAUGCAACAAAUAAGUACACAAAUAAGUAGGAAAAGCUGUUUUUAUGUUACAUGAAUGAGUGGCCAUUUGCUAGAUAAAUGCUUGGGACUAUUAUGCAUAUAUUACUGGUGAACCAGAAUACAACCAGAGGGCUAAUCCUCUAUGUGAUCUGGCCUAAGCACUACAAUAUCUAAGAUCCUGUCGUAAUUCUAGCAGACCAAUGUUUGUGCUGUAUACAGCCAUUUGUAAUUUGAUGUCUGAAAUCACAAUCUGAACCACUGAUUUGAAUGAAACAUCACAAAAAUAUGUUAGCAACAUACCAAAGAAUAAGCCUUCUCUGCUUUUGUCCAAAAUAUUGUUCAGUAAAGGUGUCAUGUCAUGAAUGAAUAUUAUAUUUUCUUAAUUUAUGAAUGAAUAAAUGGGACUUGAACACAA